AGUUAAUCUGAUCCAAAGAUAUAAUGGCAGCAACUCUGAAGGCAAACAACACUUACAUUUUCCCUGAUGACAUAAGUAGCAGCGACUUCAAAUCAGAUUUCGUUUGGGGUUCCGCCACUUCUGCUUAUCAGAUCGAAGGCGCUGCAUUUGAAGGUGGUAGACAACCAAGCAUCUGGGAUGCUUUCUGCCUCAAAAAUCCUGGUGCCAUCGACAAUGGUGACAAUGGAAACAAGGCUAUUAAUGCUUAUUACAAAACCAAGGAAGAUGUGCAAAUGAUGAAGAAAAUGGGUCUAAAAGCCUACCGAUUCUCAAUUUCAUGGAGUAGAAUAUUGCCAGGUGGAAAAGCUAGCAUGGGCAUCAACCAGGAAGGUGUUGACUACUACAAUUACCUAAUCAAUGAGCUGAUAGCGAAUGGAAUUACACCAUAUGCCACUCUCUUUCAUUGGGACCUUCCCAAUGCCCUGGAGGAAGACUACAUGGGAUUUUUAUCAGAACUAGUUGUACUUGAUUUUGUGGAUUAUGCGGAGUUUUGCUUCUGGGAAUUUGGUGAUCGGGUGAAGCAUUGGAUCACAUUGAACGAACCGUAUACCUUUGCUGCGAUGGGUUAUGCUUACGGGACAAUGGCACCUGGGCGAGGAGGAGGAGGAGAUACCGAAACUCAGCAAGCCAUACUCGCAUCUGGAAAUAACCUUGGAAUUCGUAAUCGUGCAAGAGCUUUCAACAAUAAAGAGGCUGGGAAUCCUGCCACUGAGCCCUAUACUGUAGCACACAACUUACUCCUUUGUCACGCUAAUACUGUCAGACUAUACAGAGACCGAUUCAAGGAAAGCCAAGGGGGUGUGAUCGGAAUUACCUUAAACACACAGUUUUACGAGCCACUUGAUCCAACCAGUCAGGAUGACAAGGAUGCAGCCAACAGAGGCAUAGACUUUAUUUUCGGAUGGUUCAUGAACCCAAUAUUUAAUGGCAAGUACCCCCAAAGUAUGAUAGAUAAUGUUACAAAUGGCCGUUUGCCUGAAUUCACAGAUAAGCAAGUCGAGUUAUUGACUGGAUCUUUCGAUUUUCUUGGGUUGAACUACUAUACUGCUCAAUACGCCACCACUGCAGCACCAACUGAUGUCGUCUCCUACUUGACAGAUAGCAAGGUCCAUCAGCAGCCAGAUGAUCUUAACGGGGUACCUAUCGGACCACAGGGAGGUGUUUAUUGGUUUUAUUCGUAUCCACUUGGCUUAUACAAAUCGCUUAUGCAAAUCAAAUCUGAGUAUGGAGAUCCAACGAUAUAUAUAACUGAGAAUGGCUGGCCUGAUGCAAAUGAUAACGAUCUCAAACUUGAAGAAGCUCGUGUUGAUGAGAAACGUGUUAAUUAUUACAAUUCACAUCUUCAAAGCCUCAGAGAUGCAAUUAGAGAUGGCAGUAAAGUUAUGGGGUACUUCGCUUGGUCAUUGAUGGAUAAUUUUGAGUGGGCCUCAGGAUAUUCGAUUCGUUUUGGUCUGUUUUAUAUAGAUUACGCUCAUGGGAAAUACACCAGGUGA